AUGGACGUGUUUAAUUCUGCUUUGAGGAAUCCCGUACCACCCAUAAAAAAAGAGACGGACGAUGGAGACUCGCCCAGCGAAGAUCUUGCACAUCAAAGUAGCGACUCAUCAAGGGGCGACUCCCUUCGUAAAAAGAGAAAUUCAAGAAGGAAGCAUAGAAACUCACAUUUGGGCUGCGGUACUUGUAAAAAGAGAAGAAUUAAGUGCGACGAAAACCUACCAAGUUGUUUGAACUGUUUCAAAGGAAAAUUACAUUGUGCAUACUUAAAUCUAGAUGGCCCAGCAAGAAAUGCGUUACGUAUGGCUCAGUAUAAUCAAAACUUGAGGCAAGAUAAGCUGGAAGUGGAAAGGCCUCAAAGGUCUAGGAGCAUCACUUCUGCACCAAUAGAAAAUGCAAACAACGUUUCUGGAACUAGUGAUAGCUCUAUUGCGAACUAUUCUCACCACAUGAUUCCAGAUGUUUCAAUUCCCAGACCUGUUAGCUCUGCGGGUGUUCCAGGAGAUCCGUUAAUCCAAACUUAUGGACAUACAAUUGGUGCUCCUCAUCAAUAUCCGAAUGGACAGCCAGCUUUUGCAGUUCCUUAUCCAAUUGUUCAGUCACAACUACAAGUACAAUCUCAUCAACAGGCUCAGGUUAUACAAUCACCGUAUGGUCCAAUUAUACAAUUGCAACCAUUGACAGCUGUACCGACAUAUCCAGUUCCAGUUCCACAAUCGAUUCCAUUAGUUUAUUCAUCGGCGCCAUCCCACAUUGGUCCUGUUCCUUCUGUUUCUCAUACUCCUUACCAUUCAACUUCACAAGGUCACACACCUCAUAUUCAACAUAGUCAUAUUCCUGAAAUUAAAUCCGAGGUGUCUGUACGGAUUCCCGCUGCAAAGUUAGAUCACAGAACACUGACGCCGCCUCCGUUGGGCACAGAGAAGCUGGUUGCGAUAAGUAACAGUCAUGGAAAUUCGCAACAUUCUCUUACACUGACCCCGGAAGGUGAUAUGCAUUCACGAAGAAAAAUGAACUUUACAAAAGAAACUAAAUACGUUGAUAAAGAUAACUAUUCAAGUCAAAGUAAACGAAAGACUGGUACUUCCCCUAAAGUGCCAUCCCCAAAUAGCAAUUCUUCGACACGUUGUGCAAGCAGACAUACUACUAUAGAUGAUAACGAAGACUUGGGAGCCUCAAGGGACAAUAUUCCACGAAUAUCAAAAUUGCUUUCUUAA